UACUUGCUAUAGUUUUCUUUCAUCACGUUCCAUUGUGUUUUUGCAGAAGGCAGCGACAUGCAACAGCAGCAGCAGCAGCACCAGAAGUACUCGGAGUGGCGGAAUCUCUGGUACCCCAACUUCGAGGACUUCUCCAGGGCAGAGGCCAUCGCAGGUGGCGCUGAGAACAAUACGAUCACCAACGUCACUGUGCAGCUAGGAGCUACCGCCUAUCUGCACUGUCACGUGAGGAGUGCCAUCGACAGGACACUGUCAGGUGCAGAGCAAGUCUCCUGGGUAAGACGAAGGGACUGGCACAUCCUUUCUUCGGGAGUUUUUACGUACACAAACGACGAGCGAUUCCAAAUUCUGCACGCUGAAGGUUCAGAUGACUGGACCCUUCAGAUCAAGUACGUCCAAAAGAGAGACAACGGGACGUAUGAAUGCCAAGUUUCGACCGGCCAGGGUCUGUUUUCUCAUUUUGUCAAUCUGCAGAUAGUCGUUCCUGAGGCCACCAUCCAAGGGACGAGGUCCGGGGAACACCAUGUAGAUAUUGGCAGUAUCAUAGAUCUAGUCUGUGUUAUCGAUAGAAGCCCGACACCGCCCCAGUACGUCUUCUGGUACCACAACGAUCACAUGAUCAACUACGACACCGCGAGAGGCGGUAUUUCGGUGGAGACGGUUCCUGGCCCACGUACCCAGAGCCGGCUCACCAUCAGGGACACCAACGAUGCCGAUUCGGGCAACUACACCUGUUCGGCCUCGAACACCGAAUCAGCUUCCAUUUACGUCUUUGUUUCUGAAGGUGACAACGUGGACGCCAUCUUGAUGAGAAAAGCAUCAUGUGCCAUGUGCCUAGCCAGCCAACUAGUCAUCGUUCUGAUAAGCACAUUCAUUGGUACGAUGCGAUAG